GCCGGCCGGGAGAAGAGCGCUGCCCGGCGGGGGAGGCGAGCCAGUAGGAGCGGAGCGCCGGAGAGCGGAGGGCGGCCGUGGUCGUUUCCAUCUGGGGCCGGGGCUCGGCGACGGUUCCCUCCGCUCCCCUCUCCCCCGGGCGUACCACGGCCCGUCGCUUAAGAUCGGAACCGCCUCGUCCCCCCGUUCGCUCCCCCGUUUCCAUCUUCGGCUCCGCUUCGUCGCCAUGGCCCGGCCGUUAGUGCCCAGCUCGCAGAAGGCGCUGCUCAUGGAACUCAAAGAACUGCAGGAGGAGCCGGUAGAGGGUUUCCGGGUGACUCUGGCCGAUGAGGACGAUCUGUACAACUGGGAAGUGGCCAUCUUCGGACCCCCUAACACCUACUAUGAGGGUGGCUACUUUAAGGCCCGCCUCAAGUUUCCUGUCGAUUAUCCUUACUCCCCUCCGGCCUUCCGCUUCCUGACGAAAAUGUGGCACCCUAACAUCUACGAGAGUGGAGACGUUUGUAUCUCAAUCCUCCACCCUCCAGUAGAUGAUCCCCAGAGCGGGGAGCUCCCCUCCGAGAGAUGGAAUCCCACCCAGAACGUCAGGACCAUCCUCUUAAGCGUGAUCUCUCUACUCAGUGAGCCAAACACAUUCUCACCAGCCAAUGUGGACGCCUCGGUGAUGUACAGGAAGUGGAAGGAAAGUAAAGGGAAAGACCGAGAGUAUGUCGACAUCAUCCGGAAGCAAGUCCUGGAAACCAAGGAAGAUGCCGACCGUGACGGGGUGAAAGUGCCAACCACCCUGGCGGAGUACUGUGUUAAGACCAAGGUUCCGGGCUCGGACGAAGGCUCCGAUCUCUUCUACGAUGACUAUUACGAGGACGAUGCCGUGGAAGAGGAAGCCGGCAGCUGCUUUGGGGAAGACGGCGAUGAUUCUGGCAACGAGGAGUCUUGACAGCUCUCCCCACCCUCCCCACCGUGGGAGAUACUAACUCACAGAAUGUUACCUCAGACUAGGAACCUGACAUCAGUUUGAAAUUUCUGACGAUCCAUCGGCCUCCCCCACCCCCACCCCUCCACCUCCCACCAAUGGGCCCUCUACCUCACGGGAGAUUUAGGUUUCUCGUUGUCCUCAUUUUUCUGCGCAUUGAAGAAAAGCAGCCAUGA